GGCGUGGUUCUGGUUGGUUGUUGCAAUAAAGCGAAGUCGAACGCCAUAACUAACUCGGAAAACCGGACAACGGCCUUCAUGGCGAAGUCGUAAGAUAUUUUAACACAUGCUUCUUGGGUGAGAAUCCUUCCAAGCAUUCAGACUUUACUGUAAGGCUUCUGUUUGUGGUUUUACGCAUUUGCCGGACUUCGAGAGUUCCCACGAACGGCCGAGUCUCGUUGAGUGAAGCUUCAGCUUAAAUUUUCGAACUCUUGAAUAUCAACAUGGGUUGCACUUUGAGUGCCGAGGACAAGGCUGCUGUGGAGAGGAGUAAAAUGAUCGACAAAAAUCUUCGGGCAGAUGGAGAAAGGGCCGCCCGAGAGGUCAAGCUUCUUCUGUUAGGUGCUGGUGAAUCUGGAAAAAGUACCAUAGUGAAACAGAUGAAGAUUAUUCAUGAACAUGGCUAUACUCAAGAAGAAUGUGCACAAUACAGACAAGUAGUGUAUAGCAACACAAUACAGUCCAUGAUUGCUAUUAUCAGAGCAUUAGGGACACUAAAAAUUGAAUUUGGUCACGGCGACAGAGCAGAUGAUGCCAGAGAGCUUUUUGCAUUAGCGGGAAGCAUGGAGGAUGUGAAGUUCACACCAGAACUUGUAUCAAUCAUGAAGAGAUUAUGGAAUGAUAAUGGAGUUCAAAACUGUUUUGCAAGAUCAAGAGAAUAUCAGCUAAAUGACUCAGCAGCAUAUUACCUGAAUGCACUUGACAGACUAGGGUCACCAGAUUAUGUCCCCACAGAGCAGGAUGUCUUAAGAACAAGAGUGAAAACCACUGGUAUAGUGGAGACUCAUUUUACAUUCAAAGAUCUCCACUUCAAAAUGUUUGAUGUUGGAGGACAGAGAUCUGAGAGGAAGAAGUGGAUUCACUGCUUUGAAGGAGUCACUGCUAUAAUCUUCUGUGUGGCACUGAGUGCUUAUGAUUUGGUCCUGGCAGAAGAUGAGGAAAUGAACCGUAUGAUGGAAAGCAUGAAGCUGUUUGAUUCCAUCUGCAACAAUAAAUGGUUCACAGACACAUCCAUUAUUCUCUUCCUCAACAAGAAAGAUUUGUUUGCAGAGAAAAUCACCAAGUCUCCUCUGACAAUCUGCUUUCCUGAAUACACUGGCUCAAACACGUAUGAGGAAGCUGCUGCAUACAUUCAGCUUCAGUUUGAAAAUCUGAACAAAAGAAAAGACACCAAGGAGAUCUACACACAUUUCACAUGUGCCACUGACACAAACAACAUCCAGUUUGUGUUUGAUGCUGUCACUGACGUCAUUAUCAAGAACAACCUCAAAGACUGUGGACUGUUCUAAGCUAUCAAUUACUGUUUGAGCAGUCUGAGGGAUGGUGUAUUUGUACAAAAGAUGUCCUGAAGAUUAGUUUUGUGUACAGACCAAGGCAGAUGUUUUUAUAUAAUGUCAAGUAAUUUAUCUCUGCUCUCCCCAUUAUGUGACCUCAAACAGUUAAAAAAACCUAAUGAGUAUUAAUUAUCGUACACGCCCAACAUGGCCGUUGACAGAAUUUCACGAGAUCAUAAAAGAAUUUAAAAGUCACUCAAAACUAUUUCAGUGUUGUAAAAAGAAACAGCUAUGAAUCUAAUUUAAUUUAACAGAGGCACUUUGAGGGAAAAAGUUGAAUUACUGGACACUUUGUUUUGUAUGUUAGUUAAGCUUGUAAUUAGUAAUGCAUUAUUAUGUCAGCAGAGUGACUUGAUUAACAUAAAAAAGAAAAAAAAGAAGAAAUAUGUCUAUGAUGUAUUACUUAAUGCUUUUAUGGAGGAGGCUGAAAGGAACGAACAAUAUUUAAAAAAAACUUAAACUUCUGCCAAGGGUUUGAUAAAAAAGAGUCAGUUACAGCAAUAAAACGUGCAUCACAUCAGAUAAUUUUGUUCUUUUGAGAGAAAUUAUCGAACAGUUAUGACUUCAAGGAGGCUGAGUUAUUUCCAACAGUUUGCUUACUGUGGUGUGAAACAGUGAAAAAGUAACUGAACUGAACUGAACUGAAAAACGCCAAGAUCAGUGGAAGGGUGAAGGACUUAUCAAAAGAUAUGAUUUAAAAUUUCACGGUCAUGCCUUGAUGUGUGUCACUAAGUUAAUUAUUAAAUGAUAUUAUUGUUAUUUACCAGUUGCUGUGAUAAUUCAAGAGGAUCUUAUCUGUAUAUUAGGGAUCUUGAAUGAUUCGAUGAGAGACUAUUAUUAAAAGGAUGAUUUUAAAGACUG